AUAAGUGAAUCACAUUGAGACAUGGAUUUUGACUCUGUCUGCAACCAGCAGCUCCUUAGAAACCAACUAAAGAAGCCCCACGAUGUUGAAGCACAGAACUGUGCAAAAGCAUGUUGCACCUGCAACUCCAGUGUCGUAUCGGCAAGAAUACUUCCACCCCCAUCCUACCGUCCCUCUAUGUAUAUCUAUAACAGCAGCGACUGGGAAAUUUGUGAGGAGUUACGGCUUCGAGAGCUUGAAGAAGCCAAGGCUAGGGCAGCCCAAAUGGAGAAGACCAUGCGUUGGUGGUCAGACUGCACGGCCAACUGGCGUGAGAAAUGGAGCAAAGUCAGAGGUGAAAGAAAUAAAGCCCUUGAAGAAGGGAGGCAACUGAAGCUUAAGUUGGAAGCCUCGAUGAAAGAGCUGAGUGCCCUGAAAAAAAUAAACCAAUGUUUACUCACAGAAAAUGAAGAUGUGGAAGCUAGGAAUGGGAGGAAAAAGAGCUUUGCUUUUUCUGAAAUGUGCUUGAUGUCAGAGGACCAUUUAGCAUCUCUGGAGAAAGAGCCUGUUAAACAUGUCCAGAACAACAGGAUUUUUGAGGUAGAAAGUCCCUGUCAGGACAUUUAUGCGACUGAAAACUCUUUAGGAGACCACCAAGAUAAAAUAAUCAAUUUGGAGAUUCUUGAUUCCAGAGGCAAACACACAUCAGUUUUUCUGGAAAAUCCUGACACAAGCAAAGAGAAUGAAACCAGAUCUCAGGAAGAUGAAGUAGUACAUAUUUCUGUGUUGUAUUUGCAUCUUCAUGAAUCAAGGAAAAUCUUGCAGAAGGAGCAAAAAAUCCGCUUAUCUCUGGAGAAAGAGAUAGAGAAGCUGAAGUCAGAAAAAAUUCUAUGGAAAUGGAAAUAUGAGGAGCUAAGAAAGUCCAAGCAGCAGAGUCUAAAGCAGGACCUUGUGGAUCUGCCGCGCAAUGAUGGUGAGCUAUACAAGCAGGACCAAGACAUAUUGACAGAACUGACGCAAACAAGAAAGAAGGCGGAGCAGCAUAAGGCAGAAGCAAAGAAGCUGAGCAUUCGGAUUGAAGAUCUAAGAAGAAAAUUGAAAGAGGCAGAAAGCAAGAAACCUUCAGAGACAGGAAAGGGGAGCAGUUUUACCCACAAUCCAUCUUCCCCUUGAACUGAUCAUUCCUCCUGACAACACCGAAGCUGGUAGGUUCGCGACACUUUCCCCAAACCACCUGGGCUCCUUCUCCCUCGUCACCUGCUCAUCUUGCCGUGAUGACAUUAUCUGUUCUACUGCCCAGUCAAAAAAAUAAACCCCAAAUGAGACAGAAUGGAGAACAAUGGAGGAGAGAAACUGCAUCACAGCAGUGCUAUACCUGCAAACACAUUAUCUCUGGCCUCUUCUUAAAGGACAAGUGAAGGAGUGGUGCAAUGGGAGCAUCUCUCUCUCUCUCUCUCUCUCUCUCUCUCUCUCUCUC